AUGAAUAAUUACGAGAAACCCACGCAGUCAUAUUAUCAAGUUCCAGGUUUAAUUCCUUGGGAAGAUGAAGAAGAAGACGACGAGAAAACUAGCUCUAAUGGCGGCGACGAGCGGAAAGCUGCCUUUUGGGAUUCUCACGACAAACUUCUCCAGAUCUUCUUACAGGAACAUUUGUUCAGGACAACGUUGUUUGAGUCUAAGAUCAGACGGGCUACAAAGGAUGUUGUAAGGAAGUUGAAUUCCGACGGCGGCGGCGUCCGCUGCUCUUGCCGCCGGAGAAUGGCUGCCGUUGGUUGCCGGAGUUGUAUUAUGAAAGAAGUUUCCGUUCAGCUUCGGGUUUCGGGUUUCGAUUGUGUUGUCUGCCAUUCUAACUGGAAAUCUUCCAAGAAAAUUCCCGCAGGGCAACACACGUAUCUGGAAGUGACGGAGAGAAAGCCAGGUUCGUCGCAAAAAAGAGAGAAGAAAGUAAUAAUAGAGUUGAACUUUCGCGACGAGUUCGAAAUGGCAAGAGCAAGCGACGAGUACAAAAAGUUGGUCGCUAAAUUACCAGAAGUUUUCGUCGCUAAAUCCGAAAGGCUGACCGAUCUCGUGAACAUACUGUGCACUUGUUCUAAGAAAUGCAUGAAGGAGAAAAAAAUGUACUUGGCUCCAUGGCGGAAACACGAAUACAUGCAGGCCAAGUGGCAGGGGAAACCCUUGCAGUUGGCGGCGUCGGCGGCGGCACCGCCACUGUUUGUGGUGGAGCCGCCGAAGGCGCCACCGAAGCAGAGGGCUAAUGAGCUAGUUUUGGAUAGGUUUUUUUGUUCUCAAAUUACAGCUGGUGCUUGUUAAUUACGCUUUGCCCCAAACAUUUGUAGGGAACAUUUCCAAAUUUGUUCUUGGAGUUGAGGGUAUUUUGGGAAUUGUUUUUAAGGGAAAAAGUUAAUGUUAGUUAGUACUUGGUAGCUUUUUAAAUUGUGGAUUGAGAUGAGAUUUUUUGUAUUGGAGUGAAAUUAUGUAUGAAAUAUCAAAUAAGUGUUGGAUUAAUGGUAUAUUAAAUGAAGAAUUUAAAUUAGAGAUAUGCUUAUUGGUACUUUAAUAAAUUUAUUAAAUAAAGAUUUUUGAAAAUCUUAACUCCAUAAUUAA